AUAUAUGAGGAUGAUGGUGUUUUACAUUUCUCUGCUCUACUCCCUAAGUCUGGCAUUGGGGGACCCAUCUGGAUGCAUCCGAGUGAAUCCAUGCAAGUGCCUGAUGAAGGACGGAUCUGGGGUCAUAGACCUGGCUGCCCUCGGAGACUCAGAGGGCUUCCUAGUUAGGGAGAUGAAGGUGCAGAGGGAUGUAGGGGGUAUCGUGAUGGAACAGUGGGUCACUUUCAGCCCUUGUCUCCCCUUCAGCGAACCUGCUGCUCUUGUGAACUGCUCGCACGUGGCUGUCUGUGUCGUAACCAGGGAUUCUCUGAACCCAAGGCAAGCACUCCUUUACACCGGAUAUGGGCAGCACGAGGGUAAUGAAUUCAUGUACAGUAAUGAGAGCAGAAUCCUGUCUGUGACCUAUCAAGCCAUACCUGGUAGCCAUUUUAGGAGCACGGUGCACUUUAAUUGUAGCACAACAACUUCUGUCACCUUCCCCUCCACGACAGAAAGUCCAGAUAGGCUGGAGAUGUUUGUGCACAGCCCUUGCGUGUGUCCUGGCAGGUUUCCAACCCAAGAUGUCGGCCCCGGGACCAUCAUACUUAUUAUGUUUGCUGUGUCUGCCCUGUUGUAUUUUACAUUCGGUACCUGCUCUCUACGUUCCACUGAAACCUACGAAGGAGUCCAGAUUAUCCCGGAGCCCCAGCUCUGGUGCUCGAUCUGCUUCCAGCUCUGGAGAAAGAAAGAUCCCAGAAAGACUUAUUCUUACACUCUUUAACAACAAGAAGCAAGAAUUCCUACCCCUGAGCUGCUUUGCCCUGCAUUUUUAUUGGCUGCUCUCUUACCAAUAACAGGUGGUCUGCUGGGGUACAUCUGGGCCUCAUACUCUGCCCCUCAGUCUGUUAUUCACUGUAUGAAAUAGUGCCAUUUAUAGUAUCCCUGUGCAUUGUGUACGCGUAAAUGCAGGUAUUGGACCCUUUAUCCAGAAUGCUCAGGACUUGAGGUUUUCCUGAAUAAGGAAUUGUUCUGUACUUUGAAUCUCUGUACUUCAAGUCUACUAAAAAAACAUUAACCCAAUAGGAUUGCUUUUCCUCCAAUAAGGA